UGCCAAACCCUGGAGCGCAGCAGAGCCCCAGAGCAGAAGGAACAGGGCACUGUUUGCACAGCAUCUGCAUCACCCCAAGGCCUCAAGCAUCAGCACCUUAGUCUAUAUUGUGGGAUUCAGGGAGAACAGCCUGAUACAGCUUUCCUUAUUUGCACAGCACAGCCCACAUCUGUGGGUAAGCCUCAUAUCCCUGCAGUGAGCAGCACAGCCCCACCCUGGCUGCACUGGAUGCCCUUGGUGCAGCUGGAGGGAGCACUGCUGACAGGAUCCUUGCUCACCCAGGGGCUGAAGGGCAGGGACAGCACAGUGUGCAAGGUAAGGCAGAAACUCAAUCAAACACGUGGAUGUUUUCCCUCCCCCUCACCCUCUACCUUUGCCCCUGCCUUGCAUUGUGCUCAGCAGACCUCUCCACCAUCAUGCCGGGCAUCAGGGUACUGCUACAGAAAAUCCUGAUCCUCCUGCAGGUUACUCUGUCUGUUGUGGUGGGCAAAACACUGAUGAUACUGUUCCCCAAUGCCAUGAAAAGAUACAUCCUAAAGAUGGGCGAAAAGAGCAGAAUGAACAGGAAUCCAAGGUUCAGCUACGAAAACUGGGGCCCCACUUUUUUCAGCUUCAAGUAUUUGCAGUUUGUGCUGAAGGUGAAGUGGAAGAGGCUGGAGGAUGAAGCCUACGAGGGACACCCUGCUCCCAACACACCCGUUGUGACCCUUGGUGGAGAAGAUCGUCACCUCCUGGAUUUCAUGAAAGAUAACCGACCUUUAAUCCUGAACUUUGGAAGCUGCACCUGACCUUCAUUUAUGCUAAAAUUUGAUGAGUUCAACCAGCUCAUCAAAGAUUUCAGCUCAAUAGCAGAUUUCAUUAUCAUCUACAUUGAGGAAGCUCAUGCAGUAGAUGGAUGGGCUUUUAAAAACAAUGUCAUUAUUAAAAAUCACAGAAGCCUUGAAGAUCGAAAAAUUGCAGCACAACUUCUUCAGAAAAAUCACCCUCUGUGUCCAGUGGUUUUGGACACAAUGGAGAACCUGAGCAGCUCAAAGUACGCUGCGCUGCCAGAGCGACUCUACAUGCUGCAGGGAGGGAAGGUCAUCUACAAGGGAGGAGUGGGGCCUUGGAAUUACCACCCCCAGGAAAUACGUGCCAUCCUGGAAAAACUGAAAUAGAAAAAGAAGAGGACUUCAAAGCAAAAACUAUUUGGAUAAAGAAGUUCA